AUGUUUGUGCUUUACAGGAAAAAUAAUCCUCAAUACGCUGAAAGCCCCCCAGAGAGUCGCUGUUUGCCGGAAAGCUCCUAUACACCGAUUCUGAAGCGACUGAAAGAGGAACGUGUACUGGUCAUCAGACCUGAAGGGAUAGCCUUUGCGCUUCUUUUGUUAUUCGUUCCGAAUGUCUUUGCCACCGAAAAAGCAACUGCGAGUCUUGGAGCAGAGCGUCAUGGAUGA